GAUGGCGGCCGGCAGCAGCGGUGGCCCGGGCGCUCCGUGCCGGCACCACGCGCAGUUGGGAGCCUGCGAGUCGCGCGCCAAGUACCGCGAGGGGUGGCGGCCGCGCGCCGUGAAGGUUUACACUAUCAAUUUGGAAUCUCGCUAUUUACUGAUACAAGGAGUUCCUGCAUUAGGUGUUAUGAAGGAAUUAGUUGAACAGUUUGCAUUAUAUGGUGCCAUUGAGGAAUAUCAUGCUCUAGAUGAAUAUCCAGCAGAGCAAUUUACUGAAGUGUAUCUUAUAAAAUUCAAAAAACUGCAAUGUGCAAGGGUGGCCAAGAAAAAAAUGGAUGAACGAAGUUUCUUUGGUAGUUUGCUGCAUGUAUGCUAUGCUCCAGAAUUUGAAACAGUCCAAGAAACUAGAGAGAAGUUGCAGGAUAGAAGAAAGUUUAUAGCAAAAGCAACAAAUCAAAGAGAUUGCUUUGUGUUAAAGAAAGUAGAAGGCCGUAAGAAGACAGCCUCAAAGAGCUCUGAGCACGACAGUCCUUGGAGUACAUCGGGAUCACGUGUAGCCAGUAACUGGGAUCCAUCCUGCUUUACAAGUUCUCCUGGGGUAUCCCACAACACAACAUACCCAUCUGGGAAUCAGAAUCAGAGCCUGUUAACAUCUCCACACUACGAUAACAAUUGUGCUGAAAGUUCUGGGUACUUUGGUCACAACACAUCUUUAACUCCAAGUGUACAUCCAGGAGGACAUACUCUACCAGCUUCCUUAAUGCAGCAAAGAAUGGUUCCAGCUUACAAUGGAAUUGACAGGUUUAUGCCUCGUACAACUCACCUGCAAGAACGUAAGAGGAAGAGAGAAGAAGGUAACAAGUUUUCCCUCAUUGGAACAAGUGAGGACAAUACUGAAGUUGUUAUUGGUCCACAACUACCAGAAAUACCUAAAGUGGAUAUGGAUGAUGAGUCUUUGAAUACUUCAGCUACAUUAAUUCGAAAUAAACUGAAAGAGGUAGCAGAUUCUGUUUCAAGGUCUGUGGAAAAGCCAGAGAGCAGCUCAGCCAAACCACUUGUAAAGCAGAGAAGAAGAAUAUAGAUACUGCUGGCAGCAUCUUC